AUGCUCCUCUCUCGUAUCGAAAAUCCUUGUUUUCUACUGUUUCUGUUUGUCUUCCAAACAAUAUUUAUCCUGAUACUCUACCGAGGUGGACCUUCAAAUGUGUUUCGUGGGUUUUUAGACUCGCAUCAGGUUCUGGAUUACUCAAAAACUCAUGAUGUGUAUACAAACCUCAGCUUGUUUACUCAGGCUCCUAGUGAAGAAGCUAUGCCGUACUGCUCCGCGCAGUCACCGAUAUUUGUUGGGCCAUUAACCAUCACCUUCAGGGUGCUCCCUAGUGAAAGAGUGAUCAUCAAAAAAAAUCCUUUUGUUCAGUCUGGUGGCCAUUACAGGCCACCUCACUGCUUGGCCCGCUACAAAUCGGCGAUCCUUGUAGCCUACAGGAACCAGGAGAAGUACCUUCACCAUCUUCUCUACUAUAUUCAUCCUUUCUUGCAGCGCCAGCAGCUCAGUUACAGUAUUUACUUGAUUCAGCAGGUGGGGAAUGGUACAUUUAACCGAGCAAAGCUGCUUAAUGUUGGUGUCCGGGAAGCCCUGAAGGAUGAAGACUGGGACUGCCUUCUCCUGCACGAUGUCGACCUAGUACCUGAGAAUGAUUAUAAUCUCUAUGUUUGUGAUGAAUACUAUCCCAAGCAUAUGGCUAGUGCCAUGGAUAAGUUUCAGUACACUCUGCCAUAUAAGUCCUUCUUUGGGGGCGUAUCUGCCCUAACUCCAGAACAUUACAUGAAGAUGAAUGGGUUUCCAAACACGUACUGGGACAGCGGUGGUGAAAAUGAUGACAUUGCUACAAGGUAUUCUUCCUUCCUCAGGCCUACUUCCCGACACAACACCAGGAAAACAUGGAAAGAUGAUGGAAUGAAUUCAUUAGAGUUCAAGCUCCUUUCCAGGACAAAGCAUCCUCUUUAUACCAACAUCACUGUGGACAUUGGAUAUGUUCCCCCAUUUUCUUAA